AUGACUACUCUGCGCCUCGCUCAACAUGCCCAGGUUGGCAUGCACAUCAACUCUUCCGAGAGCCUGGUCCUCUUCGUGAUGUCCGCGCGGCGUAACGCAGCAGUUGGUUUAGCUAUCGAGGACCUCUCUUUGUCUCUCCCAACAGACCUCGAGUACCCCGUCGACGCUGUCAGACAGUGCCUACGACUCACUCCAAACGUGGAAAGCCUCAUCCUUGACCUACCUUCAUGGUCUCCGGCCUCUAUUCUGUGUGGGCUUACGUUGCCGAAGAUCCAACUUCUCUCGACCAACCUUCCCCACCAGUGCCUGUUGGCAUUCUUGGCCAGCCAUCGCUCGUUAAGGUCACUGGUUCUCCGCUACUGCGGGAACGGUUCGAACUGCCCACUUCGUCAGGUCGAUUUGGCGCAUGUCACCGAGCUGCAGUGCCCAUCCCGCUGUCUUCCGGGCAUCGCACGCGGUCGGGUCUCCCGUGCGACCGUCAACCUGACGCGCCUCGCCUCAAAUGCGGUACUUGCGGUCCAUGCAUUAUCAACAUCUCCCCUAUAUUCCCUUUCCAUCGACUUCUACGCUACCGACUACGACAUGCUCCUACGGAUUGCUGCCGCUGCGCCAAACCUGCGUAAGCUCAAGCUAGUCGAGAGAUUUCGUCCGCAGCGUCGAGGCCAUCAGAGUCGUCGACCGUGGAACGACAUGAUCUCGUGGCAUCAAGCACUACUUGGCCUUUCCUUCCUGGAAGAGUUCGCCCUGCGGUCGUUGGUGCGUGUCUUCACGUCUCGCCGCCCGGACGUCCAGGUCAUAUCGGGCUGGGCCAAUGGCACGACUCGGCGAUCCACACCGCAUCCAACUCUUUAUCACGUUGCUAUCCUGCAACCAUGUACACGCGGAGACACUCACCAGCUUAUGGAGUGGUUCAAGGGUAGCUCGAAAGGACCAUGGGAGCGCGUCGUGAACGUGGUGGGGCCAGACGUGCAGUUGUAG